AAUCUUUUCAGCAACUCUAUUAUAUUUUCUUGUGCAUUGUUGAAGCGGUAUGGUUUGUCAGUGCAUAUGGACCAACUAAAUGUUUGACAUAUUUAUAACAGACAAGGAAGGAACGAAUGACAUGCCUGAAAUAGAAGAGACGGGAAGGACUUGUGAUUCUUGGCAAAGUGAUCUGUGGACAUGGGUGAAAGACAAAUUAACAGAACACUUGCAUCACAGCACUGUAUUCCCAGAAAGCAUCCCACGUAAAUUUGAUUAUAUGCAUAAAGAUUUCAUUUUGCAGCAAUACAACCUUCAUCCAGCAAAGCAUAAACCAAAAGAAUAUAAAACAAAUAUGGAAAGCCAUGAUUUUAGCAGCACUGGCCAUUAUGAAGUGACAAUACUGGGUAUAAACCGUGAUGUAGCUAUUGAUAUUGCAUUCUUACCUCUACUUUGUCCUGAAUAUCCCCAUUUAUUUCAAACGGAGAAUAUUCAGAAUGAUGCAUUAUUAUCCUGUAUGAAUUGCAUCUCUGUGCAGCAACAGGAGACCACCAUCAAUGAGAGGCCUUGUGACGUGUUUCCACUUUCAGUUGCAGAGAAAACCAAGGAAAUGUGAACUAAAUACAGACUGGUGCUGAGAAACCUCUGUGCAGAGUGCCCAAUUUCAUCUUAAU